ACAAAGCCGCUCGAGCCUAACAAAAAAGGUCCGCAUUUUCCUGUUGUUCGGUCGUUUCUCGAAGGGAGUGUUAUUUUUUUCCAUCAGCUCGUCCUUCCUCUGACAAAUCGCGUACGAGUGAGGCGUGCAAAACAAAGAUCGCAACGCAAAAGCUACCCUAGCAGCGAGGAUGAAGUGCGAGCACGGCCUGCUGCUGCUCGCGCUGGCCAUCUGUGCCGCCGACGCAGUAACGCUGAACCGCUACAAGCGCCAGGAAGAGAAGAAGGAGGACAGUUUCGAGAAUGAGAUUUGUAAGGACAAGGAUGCGGGUGAAUGGUUCAGAUUAGUCGCAGGCGAAGGUGACAAUUGUCGCGACGUGAUCCAGUGCACAAGCUCGGGUCUUCAGGCAAUUCGUUGCCCAGCUGGUUUAUACUUCGACAUCGACAAGCAAACCUGCGACUGGAAAGAUUCCGUGAAGAACUGCAAAACUAAGAACAAGGAGCGUAAGGCCAAGCCACAAUUGUACACCGAGGAACCACUUUGCCAGGAAGGUUUGCUCGCUUGUGGUGAUGGUACUUGUCUUGAGAGGGGCCUCUUCUGUAACGGAGAGAAAAAUUGUGAUGACGGAUCUGAUGAAAACGUUUGUGACAUGGACACCGAUCCGAACAGAGCACCGCCUUGCGAUCCAGCCGUCUGUGUACUUCCCGACUGCUACUGUUCUGAAGACGGUACUUUAAUCCCUAGCGAUUUGCCACCAAAAGACGUGCCCCAAAUGAUCACCAUCACAUUCGAUGAUGCCAUUAACAAUAACAAUAUUGGCCUCUACAAAGAAAUCUUCAAUGGCAAACGCAAGAAUCCUAAUGGCUGCGAUAUGAAGGCGACAUUCUUCGUCUCGCACAAGUACACCAAUUACUCGGCCGUGCAGGAGAUGCACAGAAAGGGUCACGAGAUUGCUGUUCACUCCAUUUCACAUAACGACGACGAGAGCUUCUGGUCAAAAGCUUCGGUUGACGAAUGGGCCAAGGAAAUGGCUGGUAUGAGGAUCAUCGCUGAGAAAUACGCUAAUCUUACUGACAACAGUGUUGUUGGUGUUCGUGCUCCUUAUCUUCGCGUUGGUGGUAACAAUCAAUUUACCAUGAUGGAGGAGCAAGCUUUCCUUUAUGAUUCGACCAUCACUGCUGCCUUGAACAAUCCACCUCUAUGGCCUUACACCAUGUACUUCAGAAUGCCACAUCGUUGCCACGGCAACUUGCAGAAGUGUCCCACUAGGUCUCAUGCCGUUUGGGAAAUGGUGAUGAACGAGUUAGACCGUCGCGAAGAUCCCGAAAACGACGAAUACUUACCCGGUUGCGCUAUGGUUGACUCUUGUUCGAACAUUCUGACCGGUGACCAAUUCUAUAAUUUCCUAAAUCACAAUUUCAACCGGCACUACGAACAGAACCGUGCGCCAUUGGGUCUCUACUUCCACGCUGCCUGGUUGAAGAACAACCCCGAGUUCCUUGACGCUUUCCUUUAUUGGAUCGACGAAAUUCUGAAGGAACACAAUGACGUCUACUUUGUGACGAUGACUCAAGUCAUCCAGUGGAUCCAGAAUCCACGUACAAUCAGCGAGGCUAAGACUUUCGAGCCGUGGAGGGAGAAGUGUGUCGUCGAAGGACCACCUGCCUGCUGGGUACCUCACUCCUGUAAACUCACCUCUAAAGAGGUUCCCGGGGAGACGAUCAAUCUGCAAACUUGCGUGCGUUGCCCCAAUAACUACCCAUGGGUCAGUGACCCCACUGGCGAUGGUUUCUUCUAAAAGCGUUCAACUAAAUAAGGAAGCCCACUCAUUGCCUCUCAUCGUGACACGUGAAUGAAGAGAAGGAGGAGUUAUUCUUUUGUUCUUCUUCAAUCUGUCAGUCAAAACAAUGGUGUCGUCGAGAGACACGUUAGAUCUCGCCUGCGCGUGAAAAGAAAAAAAUCGACGUUUAUUUUUCUUAUUCACACGCGCGAUUUCUCAUGUAUUGACUAUUUCUCGCUUUUCAAGCAUUAUGAUCUUUUUUUGUGUUUAUUAUUAUUAUUAAACGUAUAGCGAUGUAAUUUAGAGAUUCGAUUAUAUAUAAUAUAUCUGAAAUUGGUCUCACGACCCCGUAUACACAAGAUCCAUUUCACCAACUAUAUAAAUCAAAUUAUUUAAAUGAGAGAGACAGACACGUUAUAUAUGUAAGAGGAAGAUGGAAGAAGGUGAAUAUAUAAAAUGGCGGACGACCCAUGCGUUGAGAGAGAGAGAGAGAGAGAGAGAGAGAGAGAGAGAGAGAAAGAAUGUCCGCGAGUGAAACACUGUUGUUGUAAUAUAUAUAUAGACGCGUAUUUACUUUCUCUUUGUACGAAUAUAUUUUUUAAUUAAUUAUUUUUCUUUUGUCUUUCAAAUUUCCUUACUACCUACUAUCUCUUUCUCUGCUUCCUGUAAAAUUUAUCUAUUUUCCCUACUUCGCCUGUUCGUUAUACCUAUACAAAUAUUUUUUAUAAUUUCUUUUUUUCUGGUAGCACAUGCCAGACAAUAUUGAAUGACCAAACUAUUUUCGAAUUUAUUAAUGUGUGUAUAUAAUAAGACGUCGACAAAAAAAUGCUGUUACCGAAAAUUAUAA